GGCCAGGGAGGUGCUCAUCAUGUACCGCGUCUGCAAGAGGUUCCAUAUCGUCUCCAACUUCAGCAUGGAGUUCGACUUGUUAGACACAAUCGAGAAGCAGUCUCUUAGAAAUGAUAAAUUCCCCACCAAGCUGGUGGCCAUAACACAGAAGAAGCCAGAGUGGCGCACAGAGGAGGAGGUGGAACAGCUUGGCAGCAUCAUGAGCUGUGUCACAGUUUUUAGGCGCUACAGCAACACAUUGCAGCAGCUGCUAGCCAGGGUCAUCAGAUAUCAGCGGUUUGGAAGGCGGAGAGUUGUUAUGAAGAAAGGUCAAAUAGGGAGCAGCUUUUACUUUGUGUAUUCCGGAAAGCUGGCAGUGACAAAGGAUGAGGAUGGCACCAGUGCAUUUGUCAAUAAGGAGCCCAUCAUAAUUAAGAAAGGAGCUAGAUUUGGAGAUGUGGCGCUGAUAAAAGGCUUGAAGAGAAACGCCACUGUGGUGUGCCUGGAGGAGACUGAGCUCCUGGUAGUGGACAAGGAGGACUUCUUUGCUAACAAGAUGGAUGUGGAACUGAAAAAGGAGUUUGACUACCGAUUCACGUUUUAUAGGUCUUUAGACCUUAUGUCUUCCUGGCCUUCAAUGCUGAUUGAACAGAUUGCGGACCAUUCCAGAACAGAAGAAUUUCUUUUUGGCCGUGUUGUGCAGUAG